UUAGUAAAAUCAUUCUUUGUGUGGCGAACUACGUCGACGUAAACGUAAAAAAAGAGGAAUCGAAAUAACUUUGAGUGCAGAAAAGACAGUAUUCGAAAAGUAUGAAUAAACUUUUUAACGAUCGAGAAAUCUAUCAACGGCAAACGGAGUAAAAAUCAGUCUUUCAGAUCUGUUUCCUGUUUACAAGAGGAUUUCUUUAGAUCUACAUAUUGUAGAAGGAUUUGGGUUUCAUAAACCCUAGUUUUUAUUAACUCAGCUUCAGGCAUUUGGACAAAAAAAAAAUGUUGGCCGCAGAUAGUAUAAACACUUCCAACAACCACAAUCAUGUGAUGACCUUGGAUAGUAAAGUUGACAUGAAUUCCAAAGUGGAUGACAAGGGAUGGAAGGCUAAAUUAAAAAUUCCCCCAAAGGAUCACAGAAUUCGUACAAGUGAUGUAACAAAUACAAGGGGCAACGAGUUUGACGAAUUCUGUUUAAAACGGGAGCUCCUGAUGGGGAUAUUUGAGAAAGGGUGGGAGAAGCCUUCACCUAUUCAAGAGGCAGCAAUUCCAAUGGCACUAUCUGGAAGAGAUGUACUUGCCAGAGCAAAAAAUGGAACUGGAAAGACUGGCGCAUAUUCAAUACCAGUGUUGGAACAAAUUGACCCUGCGAAAGACUAUAUUCAGGCUUUGGUAAUUGUACCUACAAGGGAACUGGCAUUACAAACGUCUCAGAUAUGCAUUGAACUCGCCAAACACCUGCAAGUACGCAUAAUGGUUACCACGGGUGGUACCAAUUUGAGAGAUGAUAUCAUGAGAAUCUACCAGAAGGUACAGGUUAUCAUCGCUACGCCAGGUCGAAUAUUGGAUCUCAUGGAGAAAGGAGUGGCCAAAAUGGAUCAAUGCAAGAUACUCGUACUGGACGAAGCAGACAAACUAUUGUCGCAAGAUUUUAAAGGUAUUCUCGACACUGUGAUCAAAAAUCUGCCGAAGGAGCGGCAGAUCUUACUGUUUUCCGCUACAUUUCCGUUGUCUGUUGAGCAGUUCAUGAAGAAACAUUUGCGGAAACCAUACGAGAUUAACUUGAUGGAGGAGUUGACGCUCAAGGGUGUCACCCAAUAUUACGCGUUCGUCCAAGAGAGGCAAAAGGUCCAUUGCUUGAAUACUCUUUUCUCCAAGUUGCAAAUAAACCAAAGUAUUAUAUUCUGCAAUUCCACGCAGAGGGUGGAAUUGCUCGCCAAGAAAAUCACCGAGCUGGGAUAUUGCUGCUAUUACAUUCACGCGAAAAUGGCGCAGGCGCAUCGAAACAGAGUUUUCCACGACUUCAGAGUCGGCCUGUGCCGGAACCUAGUCUGUUCUGAUCUGUUUACAAGAGGUAUCGAUGUGCAAGCUGUAAACGUCGUGAUCAAUUUCGAUUUUCCAAAGAUGGCAGAAACGUAUCUGCACCGUAUCGGCAGGUCGGGCCGUUUCGGACACUUGGGCAUCGCCAUCAACCUGAUAACCUACGACGACAGGUUCGCGUUGCACCGCAUCGAACAGGAACUGGGUACGGAAAUCAAGCCUAUACCGAAAGUGAUCGACCCGAAACUGUACGUGGCCAAUUCCGACGGGGACGAGACGGACGAAAACGCCCUGACGGCCACCCUCUCCAAAUAAUGUGCGCGUCCGAAAAAAAAAAAAAAAACUUGUAAAUAGGCGGAAACAACUCAAAAAUCGUAUAAUUUCUUUUGCGUUUCGUUAUCAGAAGAGAAGUUUUUUUUAAUUUUUAUACAACAAAAAUUUUUGGGGAAUAUUUAUUGACUCUAAACGGGCCCACGAGACGUGGCGGGGUCGAGGAUAAGGGUGCGACGUCCGUCGCGGGCAAUUUAGCGGGGCGGGGGCAUGCCGCAAGGUGGAUAUGCGUUAAUCUGCGGGGUGUUUCAGAAAACGCGCCCUUAGUUGCUAGGGCGAAGGGAACGUAAAAAAAAAUAACGUUAGUUUGGUUAAUAAAUUUUUGCCGAAAAAGCAGGGUGCUAAAAAACUUUUUUCUUUUCUUUUUAAUUUACAAGGGAAAUUUCAAAUUCGAUCUUCGGUUGGCUAUUAAAACUUACUGCUGACAACAAAAUUCGAGUUCACGGAAUGGUUUUGGUCUGAGUUGUUACUUCCUCGAUUAACUUCAAAGCCCGUUUAAAAAAAAAAAGAUGCAAUCAAACUAACUGCCAAGCAAGGUAUUAUUUUGGUCGGCGUUACUUUCUUAAACUUACGGAAGACUGUUGUAGAAAAUUGUGUUCGAUCGAAAAUAUAUAUAUUAAUAAUAUUUUCUACAGGAGCGUGAUUAAAAAAAACAAACAGUUUUUUGAAGGAAAAUAAAACUAAUUGCAAAGGUUUGAAGUUUUAGGAAGCAAUUCUGACCGAACUGUGAAGUAGAAAUUUUGUAAACUUCUGAAGCUAUUUUCAGGUCAGGUCAGGUCAGGUUAUGCUUAAUGUGAAAUUUGAUUAAACUUGCGAGACCAAAACAAUUUCCAAAAUAAUUACUAACUUUAAUAAUUAAUAAUAUAUGGCAAGAAACAAUGACCUAAAAAAUAAUAAUAAAAAUAAAAAGACAAUGAACGACAAAUUGUUUGAAAAUCAGAACAUUAAAUUAAAUUGAUAAAUUGAUUAAAAUUUGAUCAACAUUAGGUUUUACCAUCCCUUCAAGCUAAGUAUUUUUUUUUACGACAUAUUGAUUUAAAAAAAAAGACGAUCUUAGGAAAUAAUAAUUUUCAAAAACAACUGUGAAGUUAUCAACGUAUGCUGCUUAAUGUGAAAUGCAAUCGAACUAACCAAAGGAACCAUCAAAUAAAAUCGAACCAAUCGAGUAACAAAAAUCGCAAAAAGCUUUAAUAGUAACAAGUGUUACGAAGAACGAAUAAAUAACUUUUUGACGAGAAAUUAUAAUUUUUGGGCAAAAAAUGGUAAUAAAUAAUAAAAAUAAUUUUCGCGACAUUCCUGUACGAAAUAUAAAAAUGUCGGCAGGCGCUUGUGCCACCCCAUACGUAUCAACGCCAAAUUAUUUUUAAAAAUGUUGCUGUACGAAAUGUGAAACUCUUGCCUACAGUCACUUUGAAGACCUAAUCAAACGGUAUUUGCGGUUUAAAUUUCAUUUACAGGUCUAAAAUAAUCAUUUUAGGGGCCUGUUUUUGGGUGCACAUUUAUUAACCGAAAUAACAUUGUUCAUUAAUUUAUUAAUCCCAGAAAUCGGUGACGAGUUUUUUGAAACUCCCUGUAUAUUAUUCAAAGUACAAAGCCAUCGGCGGCAGCGCCCCCACACGCCUGUCGCUAGUUUCAGACCGACAUCCUCGUUACCCGAUGUCGAUCCGAACGUGUCCACGGGGGGCACCACCCUAUAUCUCGCUCGUCACGAUUCGGGGCGUUCCGCCAAUCGGACCGGGUCGAUCAACAGAAUCUCCGUCGACUCUGGUCCGAAUGACGGCAGCGGCGCUCGUCUGGUGUAAGUUUAAUCGCGGUUCGAGUGAAACAAAGGUGCGAUUUCGAGUGCGUCAUCGGAGAAAACGGACUCCAUCGACUGAUGAUCGAAAAAAGACUCGGGGCGGGACAACGUAUCCUUGGAUACGGCGCGUGCGCCAAGUGGAAUAUCAUAUCGGGCAGUUGGAGGAGAUUCUGGUCGAGGGGGCGGGUGGGGGCCCCCCUAGCGUUGCUGAAUUUUCUGGGACAUUCAAAAUUUGUAAGCGUCGCAGCAACGGCGUAGUAACUUGACGUUUUUUGUUUUGGAAAAAAAAAGUAGACGGAAUCAUUUUUUGUUGGAUUAUUUUCAUUGGGGGGAAAGUUAUUAAUUAAAAACAUUAAUUACGCGCGCGUUAAAGUUUAUCUUUUCUCGACGGGUAACGAAUUUUCGCGCACGCGUAAUUAGAAAGAAAUAUUUUGUUAAAUCGAAAAGUAAAACGUGAAGGGUUUUUUUUUUUAACUAGUUAUCGUGCAAUAAGACAAAAAUUUCCAUUUUACCCGGAGUUUAUAAUUUAUUACGGGCCGUUUUCGACUUUUAUUUUCCAAUUAAUAUGCGUUUGGAACUAAUAAAGAUCUAAAUCAUCCCUUCACAAUUGGCGUGUUUCGUUUGC